AUGUCGUUGUUUAACGUUCCUACAGCCCUCCUCCCCACCGAUCCGAGCCCGGAAUGGUUGAGCAAGGGCGACAACGCAUGGCAGCUGACCGCAGGCACGAUGGUGGGCCUGCAAAGUGUCCCGGGUCUAGUCAUAUUAUACGGCAGCAUUGUUAAAAAGAAAUGGGCCGUAAACUCAUGUUUCAUGGCACUUUUUGCCUUCGCUGCGGUCUUGGUGUGCUGGGUCGGUUGGGGCUAUCAAAUGUCGUUUGGCUCGGAGAAGCUUUUACCAUUUGUUGGACGACCAGGCUUGGCGUCAUUGCGCGCUAGUUAUCUAGUUGAAGAGGCAUUUGCUGGAAAGUUUCCAAAUGCAACUAUGAUUUUCUUUCAGUUUGUUUUUGCGGCUAUCACGUUGAUAUUGAUCGCUGGUGCGUUGCUGGGGCGAAUGAAUUUUUACGCGUGGAUGGUGUUUGUUCCGAUUUGGUUAACGUGCUCAUAUACGGUUGGAGCGUAUAGCAUGUGGUGUCCUGAUGGUUGGUUGGCAAAAAUGGGCAUAAUUGAUUAUUCUGGUGGUUAUGUUAUUCAUCUAUCUUCUGGAGUUGCUGGUUUUACCGCGGCUUAUUGGGUAGGACCGAGGGAAAGUAAAGAUCGGGAGAGGUUUCCGCCCAAUAACAUAUUACUGAUGCUUUUAGGGGCGGGUUUACUAUGGAUGGGAUGGACAGGGUUCAAUGGGGGCGAUCCUUAUAUGGCGAGUCGGGAUGCUUCACUAGCGGUCCUUAACACGCAUGUGUGUGCGGCCAUGAGUUUGUUAACAUGGCUCAUGCUUGAUAUCAUGUUCUUUGAAAAGCCGUCAGUUAUAGGUGCUACACAAGGCAUGAUCACCGGUCUUGUAUGCAUCACCCCAGCCGCGGGAGUUGUGCAAGGCUGGGCAGCAAUGAUUAUGGGAAUAUUAUCCGGUAGCAUACCAUGGUACACAAUGAUGGUGGUACACAAGCAAGUGUCACUACUAAAAGAAAUCGACGACACGAUGGCAGUCUUCCACACCCAUGCGGUAGCAGGGUCGUUAGGCGGUGUGCUAACAGGUUUCUUUGCAGAGCCGAGGCUAAACCGUAUUUUCUUUGACAUAACGGAUGGGUGGCAACACUACAUAGGGCUUGCUUAUGGUUUAAAGACGGGCAAUGUCCGGGCCGGGUUGCGCCAAAUGGGCAUCCAGUUGCUAGGAAUAUUAUUUGUUGUGGUGUGGAACAUUGUGAUUACAAGUUUGAUAUGUGUUGCAAUUAGAGUUGUGAUCCCUCUUAGAAUGAGUGAAGAAGAGUUACAAUUUGGGGAUGAAGAAGUGCAUGGGGAGAGUGCGUAUGCAUUGUGGGGCGAUGGGGAGAAACUUCUUGAGACUUCAAAGCUUUAUUCGGGUCAUGGGUUUGAUGAGUUUUCUGUUAAGGAAGCAAGUAAUUUUCGAUAACUCUUUUUCCAAUUUGUUUUUGUAUAAAUCUAGAAAAAUAUUGUUGUAAUAAAUAAUACAUAAUUA